CCCAAAAAAAAAAAAAAAAAAAAACAGAAGAGCUUCAGCCGGGGAGCGCGACUCUCUAACCACGCCAACGACAAGCAAGAGAACUCGGGAGACACCAUGGUCCGCGCUAUUAAAGGGACUUUGGUUGAAUGCGAGCCCUCAAUCAAAUCCAUCAUUAUCAGUAUCGACAGCGUAAACAAUGAGUACAUAAUCGAGGACCUCGACGAAAAUCACCUCGUAGUUAAAGAUAAUAUGGUGAAGCAGUUGAAGAUAGAGCUGGAAAAGCGAUUGAAAGAAAACGUUCCUGAGGUGGAUGACGACUCCGAUUCAGACCAAGACGUUAAUAAAUAAAAGGAACUUGAUAGCACUCUAGGUAGACACCUCAUACUAAGAAGUAUCAACAAACGUAAAUUCUUAUAUAACUUGCUUCGUACACAAACAUUCUAUCAAUUUAAAGGGACAUCAAGUCUCUUUCGGCCACUCGUAAUGGGGGGUCCAUAAGCGGUGCGCUUUAAUACCCAUCCGAAGCACCUGUCAAUAUCAUCCAUCUAUAGCUUCUCAAACCUGGGCCUGGUCCUUCUCAGCCCAGAUAGCAACGCAGUCUUAAAGUCGUUGGACUGAAGCAUCGCCUGAUUCCACAGGCUUGUGUAUCUUAAGUCUAUU